CUGGCUUCGAUUCCUUCCAACAACACCCCAUUCCCUUCGACCUAGUCCAGGCGCACAUCGAAGUUUGCAGCGGGAUUCCGUUCAAAGGAAGCACAAGCGCCGAGGGUUUGCCGAACGGAACAAGAGUUUACCUUGUCUGUGACCGUCAUCGUCUGCGACUUCCCGCAAUCCAUGGCCACGAGCGUUAAUCCACUGACUGUAAUUCGCAAUGCGUACAAGAAGCUGUCACGCGACGAGCUCGUCCUCUUCCUCAAGGUCCGCAACCUGCACACGGCGGGCACAGACGACGAACUUGCAUCGCGCCUCGCCAACCAUGACUCCCACACCUACCACUUCCUCAACUCAACCCAGACACUCCCAGCAUCCCCCUCGAUCGAUCCCUCCCCGUUCAAGCCCCGCACCACACCAGAUCUCCCCGUGGAGAUCCUGGUCGACAUCAUCGACCGCGUCGGCGACUGGGAGCUCGCCCGCGCCCUCGGCAUUCCCUCCCUACUCCCCCGCCCCUCUGACUGGACCCGCGCCCCGUGCAUGGACGAGGCCGUUCUCAGUGGCAACGUGCAGCUCAUACACGCCAUGGACCCCGCCCAGAACCCGCCCACGAAACUCGGCGCCAUCGCCGCCGUGCGCUUCGGCUACGUAAACGUGCUCGAGUACCUCCUCACGCAGCAUCGCCGCCUCUUCACCACGCUCUUUGCGGGGAACGUUAUACCUAUCAAGGCCUCGCGCCACGGGCGCACGUCGGUGCUGAACUGGUGGAAGCAUGGCUUCGAGCAGCACUCGGACAUGAUCCCGCCCCCGUCAGUGGAUGCGGUCGCCGAGGCGAUCGACGGGGCGUCGCGCAACGGGCAGGUCGCCUCCCUCGACUGGUGGUUCGACGUGUAUGGCCACCCCGUCGAGUACACGGAGGCCGCGCUCGAGUACGCGAGCGCGAAAAACCAGAUCGCUGUGCUCGAGUGGUGGAAGGAGCGCAGCAAGGCACAGGGCAUUCCGCUUAAGGUUGGGCGUGUGAUGGACAUGGCGAGCACCGCGGGGCACGUCGAGGUGCUCGAGUGGUGGGCAACGUCGCAGAUCGAGUUCAAGUACGACAAGCACGCGCUGCACCACGCCUCCUGUCACGGUCGCGUCGAGGUUUUGGAGUGGUGGCUGCAGAGCGGGCUCCAGCUUGCCUACGAUCAAGAGGUGCUGUGGGGCGCGACGCGGUACAAUCGCCCAGAGGUUCUCGAGUGGUGGGAUAAGUCCGGGCUGCCCAUUCAGUAUCGGAUGUGCGAUAUCGAGGAAGCGCUCGAGGACGCUAUCGGUGGAGGCGAGAAGGCGCGCGCCUGGUGGAGGCAGAAGGGCAUCGACUUCAACGCCAACGAUAAGGAGUGGAUGAAGCUGCAGAAUCUUCAUUGAGUUACUCCAGAUUCUCUAUUGAGUUUGCUCGUCUCGCUAUAUUCACGCAUCGCUACGAUUCUUGCACCGACGGAUCCUGGUCCAUGUUCACUACGUCUCGCUUUCAUGUGCUUUACCUUCAGCAUUCCAUAGCAUCUGUAUACACUCUGCACUUGUACCAUAUCCAUUCCAUAUUCCUUCGACGCCUUCACUCCAUGUAGACUAGUCAAAAGCGUAAGCAAGGCCAUUCUCCCUGAACAGGAAGGUGUAAAGGCGUGAAUUCCAUCACCGGCUGUGGCGCACACCGGC